UCUGACUGUCAAGGAUUUCAUCUCAUCUUUCCUUAUAGAUGAGCUGUUGUUACAGAGCUCCUCGUCCCCUUCCGCAUGCCGUCCCCCAAUCUCCAGCACAACAAGAAAACCCCAUCUAAUGGUUUUUCUCCAAGGUUGAAGCAGCUCCAGCACCGGAAAUGGCGAACACGCCAGCAUCUCCGGUCAGUGGAUGCCGGAAAAUGUCGCACAGGGAAGUGGAGCGGCAGCGGCGUCAUGAGAUGGCCACCCUCUGUGUUUCUCUCAGAUCUCUCCUUCCCCAUGAGUACCUUAAGGGCAAACGGUCAAUAUCUGAUCAGGUGACUCAGGCUUCCAGCUACAUUGCACACAAGCAGAAGAAGAUCCGGGAGCUAAUCGAAGUGAGAGACGAUCUGAGAAGGGGCUGUGAGUGCAAACACUCAGUGUUGCCCGACAUUAGCUGCGGCAUGGUCGAGAAAUUGGAGGUGAGGGAGUUGGGAGAAGGGGUAGAGGUGGUAAUGGGUGGGUUGAGCAGAGAGGGGGGCCGACGGUGCAUGUCUUGCCUGGUGGGUGCGAUGGAAGAGUCGAUUGGACUGGACGUGGUGUCGUGCUCGUCUUCGAGCAGAGGGGAUCAGUGGUUCCAUGUUGUGCAGUCGACGAGGAAGGUGAGUGGUGGUACAGAGGUCGAUAUAAGAGAGAUCAAAAGGAAGUUGGUGCAAGCUCUUCAACGCCCUCUUUGAUCAAUUAUCCCCCUAUUGUCUUCCAUUUGCUCUCUUCAAUCGUAUUCCAGUUCUGAUUCAUUUCUCCUAUGCCAAUUCAAUUUGACCAUUUUCUUUCUCCAAGCGUAUUCCAUGUUUGAUUGAUUUCUCCUAUGCCAAUUCGAUUUGAUCACAGUUUGUUGUUUGCUUGCUGGUUUAAGAUUGUGAGAGGGAUAGAAACUGUUACUCAAUGAUUUUGAUAUUUUUGUUUGUGGGUUUGAUGUAGAUUGAAAAGUUCAUGUUGGGUAUUGAUGUGUUUCAUUAUCUUCUACAAAAUUUUUACAGUUCCCUGUCCUUGUAAAGCCAUUCAUGAAUUAUUGAAGGGAUUAGUUUUGAGUA